AUGGUAGCUCUCUGGUUGAAGAAAUCCGGACAGAAAAAUCAGAGGGCUACAGAUCCAAGCAGUCCGGAUCAUACAGCUUGUGAUGUUGCUGACCUGGAGCCCGGUCGUGUUCUUCGAUGUUCUGAUAAAGACAAUAUCCCCGUGACCAUUGCAUCAGAUGUCCCAGCUGGGUCAUCGUGUGACAUCAUAUGUCCAUAUAAGGAAGUAAAAGCCUGGGUCACUUGUGAUGAUGGAAAGUGGAAUGAUUAUUACGUUACAUAUUGUAGAGAAGCGUUUGAUCCAAAUAAAGAAUACCUUUUACGACCCAAACGUUUUUUCCGAUUCAGACGAAUUUUUCGAGCGGUUGGCCGAUUUUUUAGCUGCUUGUUUGGACGUUGUUCACGGCAUAACAAUACACCACCCAGCUUAACAUGUCCACAGAACAUACAAGCAAAUGCUGAAAAAUUGCAGACCUGGACAGUUGUAACCUGGGUGGAACCCACAGCUAACGACGGUAGAGACGGAGGAAUCACACCAACACGGGAAGGGAAAGCACCUGGAAGCUACUUCAGUGCUGGAGUAACUACUAUUGGAUAUUAUGCCCGAGAUAGAAGUGAAAACAUGGCACGUUGUACCUUUACAGUUACCGUUACGGUUGUACGUUGCCCGUGGCCUUCUAAUGUUAACAAUGGAUACUUCAUGUGUCAUCCAAGUGACGAUGCUAGAUAUGGAGCAACUUGUACUUUUGGAUGCUACCCUGGAUAUAGUUUGGUGGGAAAUACACAACUGGAAUGUCUUGAUAGCAAACGUUGGAACUAUAAUUUUCCACAUUGCAAAAAAAAGACAUGUCCCACACUUCCACCUGCAGUUGGCAAUCUAAAAUACACUUGUACGGAUGAUAACAAAUUUCGCAGUAUAUGUACAUAUUCUUGCGCAAUUGGUUAUGACAUCACUCCUGGUAUGUCACGUGUUCGAAUUUGUACAGCUUAUGGAUUUUGGAGAGGAGAAGAGCCCACAUGUAGAGAUGUUGAGCCGCCUAAACUGAAUGGUUGUUUACACACAGUGUACGCUUUUGCGGACAGGAAUUCAACAACUGGUGUCGUAACAUGGAAAGAGCCCACCGCCUCAGACAACCAUGACGGGAGUGUCAUUGUUGUCAAAGAGGGAACAAUAUCACCAGGAGACAUACUUUCGGAAGGAAGCUACAAGAUAGUAUACAAGGCCACAGAUGCUGCUGGAAACAAAGCUCAGAGCUGUAAAAUUCACAUCGUCCUAAGAGUACUGACCUGUCCUUCUGUAUACCCUACACCUUUCUUGAGUGUCACUUGUCCAUGGGGGACAAAGUACGGAAGUCAGUGCGAGUUUAAUUGUGACCCUGGAUCAGUACGCAAUGGAUCAAAAAUUGUUGUCUGCGAAAAGAGCCGAAAUGGUAAUUUUGGGUACUGGACCUGGAAUGACAGACAACCGUAUUGUCAAGUUACUGAGAAAUGUUAUGAAGAACCAAAUGUCCCCCAAAAUGGCGCUCUUGCAUGUGAUUAUUGGCAUGGUGGCAAAUUUUGUCAAAUGCUUUGCAAUGAGGGUUACGACGUGAAACUCGAUUAUAGUCCAGUUGAUAUGCUUGUUUGUGGUAACAGUGGUCAAUGGCUACCAGCUGGAUCACUUCCACUUCCGGAUUGUGCAAGAAGUCGUCUUGCAGAACGGGGAAUACUUCGAAUGUCCAUCACGUAUUACUUUUCCGGUGAUUGCACAAACCUGACUGUUCAAGAUGAAAUAAAGAAAAAGUUCAUUACUGUGCUCUCAGAAUCCGCGUUCAAAGACGCAUGUUUAAUUCAUGCUAAAGAUUGUAAAGCGGAAAAUGUACAGGUGAGAUGUGGUCAAAAAGUAAGAAGAAAGCGUUCCGGCGGUGAUAUGCGUAUUGAUUUUGACAUCUCAGCCGAAUUUGAUGAUGCGGUAUUUACUGAAUCAUUCGCUAAAUUUCGUCGGGAACAAUUUGAUAUCAUUGACAGGAUUAUCGAAGCUAGAAUUACAGGAACACUGGAUUUUAAUGCUAGUAUUCAUGGUAUUUUGGAGGCCAAAGAUGUUGAAAAUUACGACGUUGUUUUAGGAUGUCCAGAAAAAUCUAUACCUUCCUACAGGACUACAUCUUGUGUCCAAUGUGCGGCUGGAACGUUUUUCAAUGAAUCAAAAGCAAUCUGUGAAUUGUGUCCCCGUGGUACCUAUCAGCCAUCCACUGGACAAUCCAGUUGUUUGGCAUGUCCAUCAGGUCAAACAACUAAAAUAAAAGGGGCACAGCUUUCAUCAGAAUGUGAAGAGGGAUGUGAACAAGGAUCUUGGUCCAACACUGGAACACCUGCGUGCUCCCUUUGUGUAGUGGGAACCUUUAGCGAUGAUUACGGAUCUGUACAUUGUACAGCCUGCCCUGGUUCAAAGUCUACAAUACAAGAGGGCGCAAACAAUAUUACUCAGUGUCAAGAUUAUGAUUUACGCCUGACGGAAGUUGAAAGUGAAGUAUCGAGAGACUUUUUGGCUGACAAUACUAUGUCUACUCUAAUAACGUUUGGGUUACGAAAGGAAAUCUCCCCUAGCGAUCAUUUUAGGCUUCAGCUGAAAAGUCGAGAUACUGGAAUAGUAACAUUCUUUAUAGCUAUUGGUUAUGAGACUACGAUUGGAAAUGAGAAGGAUAUAAAAAUGACAAACUUCAGUCUUGAAGAUGAAAGAUGGCAUUUCUACACCAUAAGGCAAAACGGUGAUUCCACAGAACUUUAUGUAGACGGGAAUCUAGAAACAAAACUCACAAACUUAAUGCUAAAUUGUUCUCAGAACAUGACAGUAUUUUUUAAAGGCAAUUCUACCUUUUCCCUAAAGAUUCUGAGUACCAUCCAGAAAUGUGGGUUUGAGGAAGCUGGAGAUCUUGUCAGCUGGAAACACUUUGAAUUUACCAUGAAAGACAAUGUUUUUAAACAAACUCCAAGUGAAUGUGAUGAUGUAAAUGACUGUGCAUCUCAUCCAUGUUUGAAUGGUAAAUGUUUUGAUCUCCUCGGUGGGUACGAAUGCCAGUGCAAUUACGGUUUUUCUGGUCCCAGAUGUGAAGAUAACAUAGAUGACUGUGUUUACCAUGUAUGUGAAAAUAAUGCAACUUGUAUAGAUGGAGCAGCAAACUACACUUGUGAAUGUGAAAGUGGAUAUAAAGGAGAGCUGUGUGAAAUAGCCAUUGUUGAUGGAUCGUGGGGAGAUUGGGGAGACUGGUCAUCCUGUAGUGUUACUUGCGGAAACGGGACACAACAUAGAUCACGGGUUUGCAACAAUCCAGCUCCUGAUAACGGGGGACUGGCUUGUUCAGAUAGCAGCACAGAAAGCGAGAAUUGUAAUGAAAGAAUAUGUCCGGAGUGUAGGUCCCUAGAACGGCUUGAGAACGUAAUCUGGACGUGUACGAACAACAGCUACAACACCAACUGCACUCUAGAUUGCGCCGAUGGAUAUGACUUUGACCAUGAAAUAAAACCCUACUACUUGUGUGGAAAAGACACAUUUUAUCAUUGGGAUUUUCAGACAGAUGAUAACCCAGAUGGAAAAAUGCCUUCUUGCUCAGAGAUAAAAGACAGUAAACUGCUCCAGGUCGUCUAUGCAGCAUCAUACAAAAACUUAGAAUGUGAUAGUGAAAUAAAAUACAAAACUGUACACAGGAAAAUUCCCGAUACUACUCAAGUUGCACUCAACAAUAUUGAAUGCGUUUCCAUCGGAGUCUGUGUCCUAGACAGGGUUACCGUCACAGACUGUGAGCAGCGCCAGAAAAGAUCUAUCGUAACGAACACUGCUGGAAUUGAUGUGUCUUUGUCAUGUGAUCCUGCCAUCCACGGAACUGAAAUCUGCUUUAAUAGUCUAUAUGCUGCAGUAAAUGAUUUACAACUAAUGGCAAUGAAUCGCACGCUUGAUGUUGAUAUAGAAGGUAGCAUUUAUGAAAUUGACCCAUCCAGUUCUCAAGCUGAAAGUGACGUGUCAUGUUCAACUGGCAUGGUGCCUAGAAAUUUUUACUGCAUCCCAUGUGCUCCUGGUCGCUACUUCAAGAAAGAAGAAUGUAUCAAAUGUGACUUUGGAACCUACCAGGAUCGUAUGGGACAGCUUUCUUGUAAAGAAUGUCCGAAGGAAACGACUACCCCUGGAAGGGGGUCUCGAAGUGUGACGGAAUGCACCGUCAAAUUGGACACCAAGAGUGACACGUCCAUUAUAAUCAUCGCUGGCGUUUUGUUAUUUGUUCUACUACUAGGCAUUUUAAUAAUGUCUACCAUACUUUGGAGGAAAUGUUUAAGUCGGUCACAAAAACAGAAAAGCAGUUUGUCAUCUUUAUUAAAUAUGAAAACGAGAGACCAAAACUUCGUAUUUAAAACUUCAUUUGACAGUGUGCAAUUAUCGCAAGCAAGGACAGAUAAUGUAUUACAAGAAAAUUCAUCGAUAUGAAGAAUAAAUGCUAG